AUGGAAUCCCGCGCAAAGAAGCUAGAUAAUGAUGUAAAAAGUGUGAAAUCCGAAUUCAAAAACCUAGAAACCAAUGUGAGCUCCUUAGGAGAAGUGUUCGAUUCAGUUAAGGAAACGGCAGAAGCAAAUAGAACCGUAAUAAACAACAACAGGAAAAGCUUAGAACAAUACAGACAAGAACAACAACUUUCCGAAAAUAUUAUGGCUGAUAAAAUGAAAAGAAUGGAAGACGCUAAUGAAAAGCUACAAAACUCAGUGACGGAUCUCAAGGCGCGGUCCAUGAGGGAUAACCUCGUGUUCUCAGGAAUCCCGGAACAAAGAGGGGAAGACACCGAGGCCCUGCUACAGGACUUCCUCCAGAAAAAAUACAAGCUCGAGUACGAAAUCUCUUUUGAACGUGUUCACAGAAUGGGCAGAUGGAACGAAUUUAAUGAACACCCACGAAAUAUUGUGGCCAAAUUUACAUAUUACAAGGAUAGGGAGUUCAUCCGAACACAUGCGGCACAGAAGCUGAAAGGAUCAAAUGUCUGGGUGAAUGAACAAUAUCCCCCGGAAAUUGAAGAGAGGAGAAAAAAACUCUACCCUGUCAUGCGUCAGGCCAAGAAAGAGAAAAAACGCGCAAAGUUGGUCCGCGAUGUCCUGUACAUUGAGGGAGAGAUUUACACUCCACCUAUGGAAUCCGCCCGUCAAACUGCAUCUACGCGACAGACUGGACCAAGCCAUGCGAGUCAACAGACACCCCGAAGUGACCGACAGCCAAACAAAAGACAACGCCAAGGAUCAACUCCUUCUGGUAAAUAG